UCGUUUGGUGAAAGCAUAAAUUAUGAUCUCAAAAUGUAUUUGUUUCCCAGCCAAUUAAAUGAAUGUAUUGCACAUCCUCACUAAAUGUUUAUUGUAUACCCAUUGGACAACUGAAAAGGAUGCCCAGUAGACCACCUCAAUUGUGGGUCACCUAGUUCUAGCUUCAUGAUGUGUCUUCAGUGGGCCUAGCACCCUCUAGAGAUGAGAUGUUGAUCUGUCUGAGGCUUGUUUAAGGUUAUUUAAAAUUAUCUCUCCAAAGUAUCCCUCAGAAUUGUACUAGAAUUGUCAGUUACAUUUUUGACGGCAGGUGGGUAUACAAGGAAAGGUUAGAAUGUCUUUGAAAAUACCACACACACUGAUGCACACACACACCAAAUACAUUAUGAACAAACAAGCAUUUAUUUCUCUACUGUUAUCUAUAAGACUUACUCCCUCUGCAUGUGGUUAGACUUUCUUUGUUUGGGUUUAGUAAUUUUUACUCCAUAUUGUGUCAAAACCAGCCUUCACUUCCCUUGCAGUACAGUGCACAAUAGAUAGGGCAGGCUUCUUUGUGUCCACACAGAUUCUUUCCUUUGCUGAGGGUAGGCGGAAACUGAGGCGCUUGAUCUGAAUUCUAAAGGGGCUUGUUGGAUCUAAUAAAAGCAGCUAUUGUAUGUAAAUUAUUCACACAAGAGCAUAUGACUCCGACUGUGCAGGGCAGUGGCUAGUGUGAGAGAAAUCAUUAGCAAUGCAAACGCAUGGUGUUCUGGUUCACAGAUUCACUAAUGGGAAGAAAUCCAUCUAUACUGAUGGUAACUCAAUUGUUUCUGGGCGUGUUUGUGCACUACUUCUACUGAAGACCUGGAAUCGAAAAUGAACUGGGCGUCCUUUUAUGCCGUCAUCAGCGGUGUAAACAGACACUCCACGGGCAUCGGUCGCGUCUGGCUCUCUGUUCUUUUCAUUUUCCGUAUCCUGGUCCUGGUGGUUGCAGCAGAGAGUGUGUGGGGUGACGAGAAGUCCGGCUUCACCUGUAAUACCCAGCAGCCCGGCUGCAACAGCGUCUGUUAUGACCACUUCUUCCCCAUCUCACAUAUCCGUCUGUGGGCCCUGCAGCUAAUUCUGGUGUCCACCCCAGCCCUGCUGGUGGCCAUGCAUGUGGCCCACCGCCGACACAUCGACAAAAAACUCUACAAGCUGUCUGGCCGGGCCAACCCCAAGGACCUGGAGCAAAUCAAGACCCAGAAGAUGAAGAUUGCAGGUGCACUUUGGUGGACAUACAUCAUCAGCCUCUUCUUCCGCAUCAUCUUUGAGGUAACCUUCAUGUACCUCUUCUACAUGAUCUACCCUGGCUAUAAGAUGAUCCGGCUGGUCAAGUGUGACUCGUACCCCUGCCCCAACACAGUGGACUGCUUUGUGUCCAGGCCCACAGAGAAGACCGUCUUCACUGUGUUCAUGCUGGCUGUGUCAGGAAUCUGCAUCCUGCUCAACAUCGCAGAGGUCGUCUUCCUAGUGGGAAAGGCCUGUAGUAGGCACUUAAGCAAUGCUGGAGACUCAACCAUGGGAGCAUGGAUCACCCAAAAGCUCUGCUCCUACUAGAACAAGCUAAAUGGACCAACACUGUGUAACUGUAAUUGGGCACAUAUGUUCAAAGCUCAAAGUAAUGGCCUUAACAACAUUAAUUAAUGAGGUGUUCACACUUUUUCUAUACUUUUCAAAUAGAUAUGACUCAAAGGACAAUUUCAGUUUGGAUAUAGAACAAAAUCCAGAGGAGUAGACUGAAGAAAAGUAUGGUAAACUGAUUUAUUAACAGUCCCUUACCUUGUAACAAAUUUAGCUGAAUUCAAUAUGCAGUCACCUUCGAUAUGCUCUGCAAGAUUCAAGCAACUAAACCGACUCAUCAUCCAUUCUGUAUUAUGAUUCAUAAAUAGUUUUCAAUUCCUGAUAGACAUUUUAAUCACUGAUAAUGUGGUAUCAUUAGGACAAAGAAUUGGUACCCCUGGUUUAUUAUAAAUAGUAACCCAAGAAAACUGUCCAAGUGAUGAAUUUAACCAACAUUUGGUGGUUGUGGUGGAGUAUUACUAAUAACUAUGAGGCUAUUCCAAAGCACUACUAAUAACUACCUCACUUUCAUAGUGAAAUAUCAAGUGCUUCAAGACAUCCACAUAGUGUUUUGAAUGCUAUGAAUGAGACUGAUUAUGCAAGUGUAUAGAGUAAAAUAGAAUAGUGAAUGAGAAAAUGUGCUUAGUUGAAGUUAAAAUGAAAGAACCAAAUGAUUAAUUUUCAUGUCUAUCUCAUUAUUUUUCUUACUAGAUACUGCAUUGCUGCUUUAAAACUAUUGUGUGCAUGAAAGAAAGGAUGUUUAGAAUUUGUGGUACUGUAAAGUGUUUACUUCACAUAUAAGGGAUUACAAAAACGGUAACUGUAAUCCGUUACAUUACCAGCAAAAAAUAUUGUAAUCAGAUUACAGAUACUUUUGAAAAACUAGAUGAUUCAAUUCAAUUCAAUUCAGAAGAGAUUUGAGAAGAAAAAAAUAUUUCACACUUCUCUGUUUUUUUCUCAAUGACAUUCAAAUAAACAUUGAAAAAAGGCGCAAAUGUAAGUUUGUUCCACAUGAGCGAGUCUGACCAGAAGUCAGAUACCACUAUGAUAACAAACCAAAUGGGUUUGAUGGAUCGCUGUAAAAGAGCAGGAACAGGGUUUUGUAGGCUACAGUCCAAGCUAUGUCUUCCAAUGGUGCAACUUCUUUCGGCAUCCAAAGAUUAUCUAACUUGAAUAAACGUUUGGAGGUAAGGAUGACAGCAGUGGUGUAGUCUACUGCGAUACGGAUAUCACAAAUUAUUGUUAUCUACAUAGCGCAUUGAUGUGAAUCACACUGCUGCUCUCUUAUUUAGCUAUUAGCGUUUUACGGAUUGUGGUUGUUGUGGAUGGCUGUUCGCAAAUCUAAAUGUGUAUUUGAAACCAAUAAUGCAUCCAUAGCUCUUGUCUAUUAAUCUGAGCAUGGUUACAUUUCUCCAGGCCCAUCCCUCAUCUUUUUACCAAAACUGAGGCGGGAUGACCGUUGGGUUAUUGUUUCAUCUGUGAAUUUGCACUUUGAACAGCUGCAUAUUAUCAAGAUAUCAAAGUGUCACCAACAAAAAAAUUAACAAUAGGCCUGUAGCAAAUGCAGCAUAUGGCAUUCAUUUUUAACAUGUAAAUAGCACUUUUCAGUAGUGCUCAAAGCAUGCCAUUCCAUGAGCGCAGCAUUCAUUUUUAAAUUUAAAUAAAUAAGCCCAAUCAGUCCUCCAUGACAACAAAAUCAUAAACAACAGAGUAGGGCUGACUAAUAAGUUCUUAGUUUUGGGGUUAUGCUCAGGUUAAACUAUUUGGCUAAACUAUACUUCCAUAUUUCCAAGUCCUAUUCUUGAAGAUCAAGGGGUAUAACAUUUAUUGGAAUGACUGGAAUUCUGAUAGACUUUAGUUUUUAAUGUAAAGAUGUAAUUUAAUUGUAUUAUUAUAUGUAGUAGAAAGCGAUGGGUUAGAAGAAGUCUACAUAACCAACCCAUAAAGUAAAAUGUAACAUCCAUAUAUGGCCAGCUAUGUAAACUUUAACAUUGAUUUAUCCUGCAAUAGAUGUUGUUCAAUUGGAAACAUACAUGUUUGUGUUCUUCUAAUGCCUCUUAAGGGGAAACUAAUCUAAAAGUAGCUGAAUGUAAUCAGAUUACAUUACUGAGUUUGGGUAAUCCAAAAGUUACAUUACUGAUUACAAUUUUGGACAGGGAACUAGUAACUGUAACAGAUUACAUUUAGAAAGUAACCCAACCCUGAUAGUAUUUUAGUUCCUGUUUUGUUGUAUACCAUGCCUUGUUAUGUUGAAUGUCUUGCACAUAUUUGUAUUACUGUAGCUAAUAAUUAGACAUUCCUAAUAAAACACUUGAGUUAUAUUA